GCGGCGCAGCAAAUGCCGGUAUGCACGACCUGACGCUGCAGCAGCAACGCUCGUCCUCCGCGGACAGUCCCCAAGGCCUUUUCUGGGGCAGCCCCUCAAUGCAAACGCAGCCACCGGGUUUAUUCUCACUCCUAAGAGAACUCCCUCACCCAAACAACCGAGCCUGUGAUCCGAGUGCCGCCGCGGCCGCCCACCGGGGCGCUGCAGGCCCGGGCCGCCGCCCCGCCAGGGGGAGCCGCUGCCAGGGCCGCCGCCGCGGGGAGCUGCUGGCCGGGCCGGGCCGUGUCGUGGCGGGGGGCUACGGCAGCAUGUGGGUCGGCCGGGCGGCGGCGGCGGCGGCGCCGCGGUGGUGCCGGGCGCUGCGUAGCUCCGCCGCCCUGAGCGGCUCCAGGCACCUGCUGAAGAAAAUGCUCCGCAAAAACAAAAAGAAGUUCUGGUAUGACAGCCCUACCCUGGGAUCUCAAAUGAUGUAUAAACCAACCAGUUUGGCCUCUGUACUGAAGGAUGACCGGGCAAAAACUAGGAGAGAAGAUAAUGUACGUUGCAGAGUCUUGAAUGGUCUUAUCCAUAAAGCUGUGGUGGAGAUGAUGACUACCUGUGAAGUUAAUCAAGAACUUUAUGAUCUCAAGCUGGAAAUCUGCAAGGUGUCCCUGGCAUCAAACUUUUCAGCAUGUCGUGUGUACUGGAAUCCUGCUACUACUAUGGAGAAAGAAAGCUAUGUUGAAAGUGUGCUACAGAAGAGUGCUCCACGUAUACGGUAUCUUCUGAGAAGUCGGCAGAUUCUAGGAAAUGUACCCCCAAUAGUAUUUGUAAAAGACAAAGCAGCUGCAGCUGUAAAAGAGAUUGAGGACUUAUUGGCAAUUGCUGAUUUUGGACCGCCAGAAGAAGAAGAAACAUUAUCUCAAAAUGAUUCCAGUCAACCGUUCUCCUCAGCAACUCAAUCUUCAGAUUCACCCAUGCGGUCUAAUCUUUUUGGUAUUGAUCAUGAACUACUGAAUAAGCAGAUAAUGGACUACAAAAGACUGAAAGUGUCAAGAGAUGUAGAAAGCGUUGCCUGGACAGAAGAGCAGAAGCAGCAGCUUUCUAAGAUUCAAAAGAAAAUGAAAAAGAAAAAAACAAGGAAUCCUCCUGAUGAUGACAUUACACCACAGAAAUACUUACUGGACAGAUCCGAAGUUGAUUACUGGGAUAAUAACACUGAAUCAGUCUUGGACUGUGAGCUGGAGGAUGAAUUACAGGAAGAGGUAAAUGAAUUGGAGGCAGAUGAUGGCAAAGCCCUAAGUCAGCCUACUGAUAAACUGAAAUGAAAAAGCCACUCCCUUUAAGAUGGAGGCUGACAAGAGCCAAAAAAAGACUGCCAUAGACACUGAAAGAUUAGUUUUGUACAGCCUAUUUACUACUUCCUCUUUCAAACUACUAAGUUUGCCACACAUGGGGAGGUUUGCUAGCACAAGGUAUGUAAGAAAACCAAAAAUGCUAUUUGUGACAUUCUGUUAAGCAGCUUUCAAGCUGCUGUAGUUGUAGGACUUUCAACCUGAGAGCAGUUUUGUAAUUACAAAAUACACAUACUGCAGCACCGAGUCAAAACUUCAUGCAGUUCUGUUGAUUAUUUCCAGUAAAAUUAUGGUUUCUGUGCUGAA